AUGGAUGUGCGUUCGCUCACACGCAGUCCCAAGAAACAGAAGAUCAGCGAAGAAAAUGAUGUUGAUGGGGAAGAUGAAAAUGGUAUAGGGCGUCUAACAGAUCCACUUCUUGUAUAUAUACUAUCUUUCCUUCCUACAAAAGAUGCUGUUCGAACUAGCAUACUGUCGAAAAGGUGGGAAUGCCUAUGGAUGUCCGUACCAGAUCUUUAUUUUAAAGAAGAUCCACUUCCUUCUCGUAAUUUUGAAGAUGAGGUACUAGAAAGGGCAAGAGAAAAAAGGGUAGGGUUUAUGGAUUUUGUGGAAAGAGUUCUUUUGCUUCAUGAUCUCCCGACUAUCGAAAGUUUCUCGCUCACAGUUACUGUGAUACAUGAGUGGGGUCGCAUCAGUGCGUGGGUAUCAGCAGCAGUGAGGCGUAAGGUUCAAGUACUGGAGCUGACUCUCAAAAGGGUUGGAGAUAGUUUUGUUUUGCCCAGUUGCAUCUUUACUUGUGAAUCGCUAGAAGGCUUAACUCUUAAUGUGCCCACUUACUUUGAGUUCCCUCAUUCCACUCGUUUUUCAAAUCUCAAGAUAUUGACUCUUGCGCAUGUUACAUUUCCCGAUGAUGAUACAUUGAAACAGAUCUUUGUCGUUUGCCCGGUCCUUGAAGAAUUGAGUCUGAUCUGUUGCAAUUUUGAGCAUGUCAAAGCUGUUUGUAUAAAUGGCCCUAAGCUUAGAAGGUUGACCAUAGUAGAAGAUGAUUCUUUGUGCCCUGAUGAUGCAAAAGAUGAUGAUAAUGAUAAUCCGGAUGAAGGAAAUGAGAAGAAUUUUAAUGUUUGUCAGUUUACGAUCUUUGGUGCUAGACUGGUGCACUUUUUGUACAUUGGUGAUUUCUUCCAUCAUUAUUGCUUUUAUGAUUCAUCAUCAAUGGCCGAUGCAUAUGUUUUUGUGGAACGUGGCCACAGGAAAACUGCUUACCGUGCAUUUAGGCUUCUUAUCGGGCUCUCAGAAUCCAAAAGCCUCUUCUUGACUGACAAAAUUUUUGAGGGUCUCAGUCUAUAUGCCAGAGAGUUACUUGACAAUCUGCCUGAAUUCUAUAAUUUAAACCAUAUUGGAUCUUAUUGGACACUCCUGUUCACUUAUCGGCAAACAUUCUUGGCCAUGCUUCAGAGGUUCCCUCGUCUUAAAUCUCUUAAACUCAAUGGGGCAUCGUUCAGAUUUGGGUAUGAUGGUAGAAAUGAUUGGGCUCUAGAUCCUGUGCCUGCAUGCUUCUGCACGCACCUCAAAAUAAUUGGCAUCGCUCGAUUUUGGGCAAGUGAACAUGAGCUUUAUACAGUUGGAGUUUUACUCUUGAAUGCAACGGUAUUGGAGAAGCUUGUUAUCUCUUUUAACCCCCAGGAAUUUGAUGGGGAGGAGGAUUUGAGGAAGCGUCAGGAAGUUUGUGAACGGAUAAUGUCAUUUCCAAAAGCUUCAAGGAAUUGUGUUGUAGUCACAUAUUUCCCGUCAACGGACCAGUGA